AUGACAGCAGUCAAUUGCACCAACAUGGAUUCAGCUACAGUUGAUGUUUCAUCAUCACUAUGGCGUACUGUCACCGAUCCUUCUCCAUUCGAUGGAAAUUUUAUCUCAUCUUGGCGUGAUCAUCACCACCACCCACAUCCUCAUGAUUUAGUUGUACAUCAUGACUAUGCACCGUUUCGAUUUGUUGAUCCACAUCAUCAUCAUCAUCAUUAUGAUCCAACCGCAUCGUACUAUCAUGACACGCCUAUGGAUUCCUAUGGACCGCCAAGUACUGCGGCUGCCGUAUCGAUGUAUUCGCCCUAUAUGGUACAUCGUCAUUCUCCACCACCGACAAAUUCUAAUUCACCUUCAUUGAAAUCUGAUUCAACAGUGACCACGGCUGCGUUACAAUCUGCAUUGGGUUUAUCUUCACCAAUGAAUGUUAAUGUUUCAAUGAAUUUCAAUGCUCAUAAUAUUCAAUAUAGCAAUGGUUACAAUAUACCAACAGCAUCGUCAUCAUCGGCUGCAACAGCAAAUUUACCUUAUGAACCGUUCUAUGGAUCAAAUCGACAUCAAGUAACAUCACCCUAUCAUUCUCAUAAUUCAAUUCCAUCGAAGAUUAAAAAUCGUUCUGAUCCAUCAACGAUGAAACAAGCAAUGCUUCUAUCAACGACUGGAAAUUAUGAUUAUAAGGGUUUAUCAAAAUUAUGUGAUUUUUUCCCAACACCAUCUUCUUCAUCAUCAACAACAUCGAACGACAAACGAAAUUCUUGGUUACAGACUCAAUCAGCAUCUAAAACAUCACCUAAUAAAACAAACGAAGGACGUGUUAAUCGUUGUCGUAUCUGUGGAAAAAUUUAUGCCAGACCAAGUACACUCAAGACUCAUUUACGUACACAUUCUGGCGAAAAACCGUAUAAAUGUGAUAAAUGUUGUAAAGCAUUUACGCAAGCAGCUAAUUUAACAGCACAUUUACGUACACAUUCAGGUGAAAAACCCUUCUCAUGUGAUGUAUGUGGAAGAAAAUUUUCUCAAAGUUCAUCUGUAACAACACAUAUGAGAACGCAUUCGGGUGAAAGACCAUAUCAGUGUAAAUAUUGUCGAAAAGCUUUUUCGGAUAGUUCAACAUUAACAAAACAUAUGCGAGUACAUAGUGGAGAAAAACCCUAUGAAUGUUCAUUAUGUCGUCUACGUUUUUCACAAUCGGGAAAUUUGAAUCGACAUAUGAGAAUACAUAUGAAUGGCAGUAAUGGACAACAUGCUAAAUAG